AUGUUCGCAAGUCUCACCGCCGCAGUGCUCCUCGCCACUGGGUCACUCGCUCAGUCUUCCCCGCCAUUCUGCGCCAUCAACCGCAUCCCGCCCCUGCACCAGUGCAUUGCUGCUGAAAUCAGCUGGACGGACCUCUCACCCGUCACGCUGAAGGUGCUGCAAACACCUGGGGGAAACCUGAUCGACGGGCCCUUCACCAUCGCGUCUGGGGACACGUUCUCCUGGCUUGCGCGCUUCCCCGCCGGGACCAACGUCGACUUCGUCCUGAUCGACGCUGCCGGGAAUGGCACCCAGUCUAGUAGCGUGCCUAUCCUCGCCGGGCCGAACCUCCAAUGCUGA